CUGUUGAUUAUUAUUAAUCCCAACGCCGAUGGCCGCCUUUCUGCGUAUCUUUUGGUGCUUUGUGAUAUCUUUCUAUAUGCUGUACCAAUCUAUAUUGUUUAUAUGAGUGCUUACACUGUGAAGGGCUGAAGCACCCGUCCUGACUUUCCUUUCAACACACCGUUAGUUUCCCUUAAGCAACGGAGACUUAGAUUGAACUUUGAAGACAGGUUCACGUAUUCGAGGGCUAGCUUGCUGGCGCCGCGGCGCUUUACGACGCAUGUGCUAGCUGCGCACGCAGUGCGUUGUGCGCAAGCAUGCAAGAUGAGGUCGUAACGGAGGGUAGCGGAGGUCUUCGGCUUCCCGCAGUUCGCACCAACACCGGCUCCAGGCCCUCCUUCACGGGUGUUGCGCCGCAUGGGUCCCCACCCAAGCCCAAUAAGAUGCCCAGCCCCCCUGGAGCCGCGGGGGCAAAAAAGGACGGCGACCAGACCAGCAUUAUUAUCGAAUCGAAUGCGGAGCUCCUAAAAGCGGAAAGGCCGGAGGAGCGGGUGGUGCAUGAAAUCGUGGGCUGCUUGAAGAUGAAAAGCUCCAUGCUUGCCAUGGGCGCCUGCGAGCGCGUGAAGAAGAUCGCCCGCGUGUAUCCCGUGGAGGUGGCCAACAGCGCCAUCAUGGAGGAGCUGGUGGGCUGCCUGAAGGAGGGGCCCGCCACGGCGCUGGCGGGGGCGGUCAUGCAGGCGCUGUCCAUCAUGGCGCUCAACCCGGAGGGGCGGCAGCGGGUGUGCCUGGCGGGGGCGGCGGGGCCGCUCAUAAGGUUCAUCCGCACCUCCGACCUGUCCCGCCCCAACCUGGACCGCGCCGUGACGCUGCUGAUGAACCUGGCGGCCGACCAGACCAACCGGCGCACCAUCCGGGAGGAGGGCGGCGUGGAGGCGCUGGUGGAGCUGCUGAGGGUGGCGCCCAUUGGGGAGUCGAUCAUGGAACAUGCGCUGGGAGCGCUGCACAACCUGGCCCUCAUGGACGCCAAGUCGCGCAGCCGGGCCAUGGAGGCGGGCGUGCUGCUGCCGCUGGUGCGCAUCGUGACGUGCAAGGGGCUGCCGGAUGCCGACAUGUGCGGUGUGCGCGGGCGCAUGAUCCUCACGGAGCUGCUCAAGAUGCCGGAGACGGAGGAGCGGCUGGCGGCUGCGGCCAUGGAGCUGGGCGUGAGGAUAUGAGAGGGAGCUGGGCAAAGAGGGUGAAAGGCGCCGUGGGA